GUUGAUAGUUGGUGGGUACUCUGCGCGCUCCCGCGCUUGCCAAAAGUGGAAGUGAUUGAAAUGGGUACAUCUGCAGUAAGUGCGGGCGCAUUGGUUACUUUACAAGAACUGAAUCCGUCUUCCCCCAACUUCAAGGAAGGUGCCUCCUUUAGGGUUACUGGAAAGCUGCAAGACUAUGAUUUGGAGACAGCAGUGGCUGUGAUUGUUGAUGGAGAUGCUCGCUUAAAUGUUGAUACAAAGCAUUUGAAGCUCAAUCUUCGUUCUGGUUCUAUGUAUCAGUUCAUCGGAGAACUACAUAUUGAACCAAAUAAUGAGGCAUUUCUUAGGGCUCGAGUGGGUAGAAAUGUAGAUGGACUGGACAUUAACCUCUACCGUCAGUCACUGCAGCUCCUGAGGGAGUUUCAAGCUGAGCAAAUAAAUACUCGAAAUGGUUAAAAUGCAAUGGUUCCUGCCAAAGCUCUUUUGUUAAAUCAGAAUCAGAUUGUGCAUGAGGCUGAUCCCAGCAGAGUUGUGAACCAAAUACAGCAGAGUGGUUUAAUGUGGCUUUCUUUCAAUCACUUUAACAAACCAUGGUGGACAUCACUGUUAGGCCAGCCAUAUUUUAUGUUAUCCAGAAUGUUUGAGAAGGACCCUUCAACUAUCCUUGAAACUCAUAUAAUGCAUUACAAAAGUUGCACUA